AAUCUCAUCUGCUCCGGUCGACUUUCUCUUCUUCGUGUUAGAUAUUGCAAGAGCUGGCUCAUCCUUCCCGUGCAACUGGAAAGUCUCAUUUGCCUACAGACAAGCAGUCUCACCUUCUCUCUCGCUCCCUCGCUCUCUGCCCGUGUGCGAUCAUCCUUCUAAUCUCCAUUAAUCUAAUUGAAUCAGGGGUUCAACAAGAUUUAAGGGGACGUAGAUUUAUAGGCUCCUGAUUCGAGGGCCGACAGAGAGGUGAAGUAAAUCAACAAGGGUGACACUAAUUGCCGGACAGAGGAGGAUGAUUCUCAAGAAAUGUGUCAAUGGCACGGAACAGGAUUGUUCCAAAUGGAGGGAAGAUGUCGACCUGAUGUCCAUUCUGGAGAAGGAGGAGGCUCUCGAGGAAGUGGUGUGGAAUGGCCUCAAAAUGUGGCAUCUCAUCUUCCUCUCCAUUUCUGGGGUCAUGUGCAUCAUUAUUCUGCUCUGUUGCUGCGUAAAGUUUCGAAUUCCUCGAACGAAGCAGGAGAUUGAAGCAGAUUACGUUCGUCGGCAAAUUCUGAGAAAGUUCCGUCAGCGACUCAAAGCAAUACAGAACCAAGAGUUGGACGAAAUGGACUUGAAAAAGGCUCUGGACAAAAUUCGGGCCGAGUUCAAGUCGGACACGGAGAGCUUGGCACAAUCGGAUGGCUUCUCGGCUGCGACGAUAAGUUCGACCGGAGGGCCUCCACCUCGCCAUGGGUCCUACCGAAGGGCUUCACAAAUUCAAAUUGAUAUUUCAUUGGAGGAACUUCGUGCCCAGUCGCUCGGCCCUAAAGCGCGCUUCCUUUUGGCACUGUCACGUAUUUGUGGACGUUCGAAAGUGUCGCAAAGUGACAAAGUCGCACUCACGAUGGAUGCCGAUGGCGAGGCACAACUGUCUGUUCCCGAAGGGGCCUUUAAAACCAAAAAGAGAGGCGAUAAGGAGGAUAACAAAAAAUGUAAAGUGGAGCCUGGGAAGGAGGUGAAAGUGGACGCAGCAGAAUCAGGAGGGAAGAAGGAGGCAGAGGCGUCAUGCCCCAAGAAAGGCAAGGAUAAAAGCAGCGGCAAGGGUGAGGAUAAGAAGGAGGUCAAAAAGAAGGAGGAAGACAAGAAGACGGUGACAAAGAAGGGGAAGAAAGGAUCGGAAGAGGCAGAUAAGGGUCAGCCUGAGGCAGGAACCUCGGGCGCCGCUGCGGGCAAGAAGGGUGAUGGGGCAGAUAAGAAGGAAGACAAGAAGCCCAAGGACGACAAAAAGCCCAAGGAGGACAAGAAGCCCAAGGAGGACAAGAAGCCCAAGGAGGACAAGAAGCCCAAGGAGGACAAGAGGACAAAGGAAGAGGACAAGAAGGCCAAGGACGAGGAGAAGGAGCGGAAGAGGGCGGAGAAGGAGAGGGAGCGGCUCGAGAAGGAGAGGAUAAAAGCCGAAAAGACCAAACUCAAGUUUGAGAACGAGAAGGCUCAGAAGGAGAAAAAGGAGAAGGCAAAGGACGACAAGAAGAAAAAAGUUGCAGAGGAUGACGGGAAGAACAAGUCGACGACGGGAGGAAAUACUCCAGCCACAAAGUAGUCGUGGCGCAGGAUGUGGAUGCAGUUAGUUGGAUGAGAUUUAUAGACAUAAUAUAACAAUUUUAAAGUGUAUGCAAAUAUUAAAGAGAUUCCGAAUGAGGCCGAAUAAAGAUCUUUCAUUAUAUAA